AUGCUCAAACUAAACAGAUCAGUUUUUUCGUUUGCAGCUAUUCUGUAUGCUUUGUUGUUGGUGGUGUUGCCAUUUGCAUCGGAGCAUUUUGCUAAUGCUGACUCAAACGAUAAUUAUGGUACUGUGAUUGGUAUCGAUUUAGGUACCACAUAUUCUUGUGUUGGGGUUAUGAAGGCCGGAAAAGUUGAAAUUCUGCCAAAUGAUCAAGGAAAUAGAAUCACACCAUCAUAUGUCGCCUUCACUGAUGAGGAGAGACUUGUUGGUGAUGCCGCUAAAAACCAAAUUGCUUCAAAUCCAACCAACACUAUAUUUGACAUCAAAAGAUUGAUUGGACACAGAUUUGAAGAUAAAGUUGUCCAGAAAGAACUUAAGCAUCUGCCUUACAAAAUUGUGGAUCAAGGUGGAAGACCGGUUGUUGAGACAAAAGUCAAUGGUGAGACGAAAACUUUCACAGCUGAGGAAAUCUCUGCCAUGAUCCUUGGAAAGAUGAAGCAGAUUGCAGAGGAUUACCUCGGAAAGAAAGUUACGCACGCUGUGGUCACCGUUCCUGCUUACUUUAAUGAUGCACAGAGACAAGCAACAAAAGAUGCUGGCACAAUUGCGGGAUUGGAAGUUCUUAGAAUUGUGAACGAACCAACUGCCGCAGCUAUUGCUUACGGUCUAGACAAGACUGACGAAGAAAAGCAAAUCAUUGUCUACGAUCUUGGUGGAGGAACUUUCGAUGUUUCACUCCUGACGAUUGCUGGAGGUGCGUUUGAAGUUUUAGCAACAGCAGGUGACACUCAUCUUGGUGGAGAAGACUUCGAUUACAGAGUCGUUAGACACUUUGCCAAGGUUUUCAAAAAGAAACACGGAAUUGACAUUACUGAAAAUCCAAAGGCUCUUGCGAAAUUAAAGAGAGAAGUCGAAAAGGCCAAAAGAACUCUUUCCUCUCAGAUGUCCACGAGAAUUGAAAUUGACUCGUUUGCUGAGGGUAUUGAUUUCUCAGAGUCCUUGUCGAGAGCCAAAUUCGAAGAACUUAAUAUGGAAUUGUUCAAGAAAACUUUAAAACCUGUCCAACAGGUCCUUGACGAUGCCAAGAUGAAGGCAUCCGACAUUGAUGAUGUUGUUUUGGUUGGUGGUUCCACCAGAAUUCCUAAAGUCCAAGAAUUAUUGCAGGGCUUUUUCAAUGGUAAACAGGUCUCCAAGGGAAUUCACCCAGAUGAGGCUGUUGCAUUUGGAGCGGCUGUUCAAGCAGGUGUUCUAUCAGGAGAAGAGGGUGUUGAGGACAUAGUCUUGAUUGACGUGAACCCGCUCACUUUGGGUAUCGAAACCUCUGGUGGAGUCAUGACAACAUUAAUCAAAAGAAACACUCCAAUUCCUACCAAGAAGUCCCAGAUUUUCUCUACUGCAGCUGACAACCAGCCAGUUGUUCUUAUUCAAGUUUACGAGGGUGAGAGAGCCAUGGCUAAGGAUAAUAACCAUUUAGGCAAAUUCGAAUUAACUGGUAUUCCACCAGCUCCAAGAGGAACACCUCAGAUUGAAGUCACGUUCACUUUAGACUCGAAUGGAAUUUUGAAAGUUUCUGCAACAGAUAAGGGUACCGGGAAAUCCAACUCCAUUACCAUUUCGAACGACAAGGGUCGUCUCUCUAAAGAAGAAAUCGAGAAGAAAGUUGAGGAAGCUGAGAAGUUUGCACAACAAGACAAGGAGUUGAGAGAGAAAAUUGAGAAUAGAAACUCUCUAGAGAACUAUGCCCACUCCUUGAAGAACCAAGUCAACGACGAAAAUGGAUUAGGAUCGAAGCUUGACGAGGAUGACAAGGAAACUUUGCUUGAUGCUGUUAAUGAAGCUUUAGAAUUUUUGGAUGAUAAUUUCGAUACAGCAACUAAAGAGGAGUUUGAUGAACAAAGAGAGAAGCUUAGCAAGGUGGCAUACCCUAUCACAUCUAAGCUAUACGAUGCUCCUCCAACUGGUGGAGAUGAUGACGAAGAAGAUGACGAUGAUGAUUGGUCCCAUGACGAAUUGUGA